UCCGGCCGCGUGCGGCAUCUUAUCUGCAUCUGAUAGACGCACUCUAUCGCACACAUACACAAACAUCGAAAGGGUGUAAUUUGUUGUAAUCCUUUGAUGAUGAACCAGUUUCUUUAAACAUUACGUACGCUGUACGCAUCAAACAAAGGAUCGGCUAUUGAUCAGUUACGUCUACAAUGUUUACAUAAAUAUAAGGGUGUGAGGAUUAGCGAGGAUCGAAGAGCUCAUUUUCAUAAUGCUAAACAAACCUCAAGGCAUAGAGCAAUGGCGUAUGAAAUAAUCUGUAUUCACUGUACUCAAGAUUGCCCUGCGCGGAAACGGAACCCCGAUUCGCUGCCGGUCGAUAUCAAUAAAACAAACAAAAAAUCGAUCGACUACAGCGCACACUUUUGCAAGAUUUUGAUAACCUACUCCGGAGAGUCCCUUGGCCAGACCAAAUAAUGAUGCAGCGGAACAGACCAGAGCAGAAAAGAACGCGGGGCAGAAUUCAGUGGUACCGCGAUCACCAUGGAAGAAGGACGCUCGGACAGUGUGUACUCCAGUGGCGAAGAGGACCUGUUCGCCAAGCAGAGCCUGAUGAGGUUGCGCAAUGCGGCCCGUUGGCGCGAGCAGGCCCAGUACAUUAGCUUCGAGCCUGCCCUGCUGGUGUUUUGCUUUGCCAUGAGCAUCUCAGAGGUCGUCCUGGCGAAUCAUAUCAUCCUGCAGACGUGCCUCGUGGAAGGGUUCGAUCGUAGCGAUUGUCAACUGCUCAACACGGACUCAAACUCCUCCCGGCGGGCGAUGAUCGAAACGCAGGUCCAACCGCUGGCGGCCAAUGUGACGAUGGUGAUAGUGAUUAUAAAGUCGGUGGUUCCGGUCCUGAGUGCCCUGCUGCUCGGUGCGUGGUCUGAUCGUUACGGUCGAAAGCCUGCCAUGCUGAUCGCGAGUGCCGGCGUACUGUGUUCGUUCGUGCUGCUGACGCUGCUAGCGUUCCUAUCGAUGCAGGUCACUCUGACCCCAUGGUAUUACACUGCCGCUUAUCUUCCGUUCUCGGUGCUGGGCGGCAUGACCGUGAUUACAGCGGCCGCCUUCAGCUACCUUUCCGACGUUACAAACGAGCAGACGCGCACGAUGCGCAUGGGCUUCAUGGAGGCCUCCAUGAUGGCCGGCGCACUGUUGGGAUUUCUGGCGAGCAGCUACAUUGUGGAAUGGUUAAACGUUGCCGCUACCUUCCUGAUUGCCAGCGUGCUGAUCCUGCUGGCGAUCGUGUACAUCGCCCGCUUCACCGAGGAUAGUAUCAUUCUGAGCAACAACAACAGUGCGGUGGAAAAGUUGCGCGAUCUGCUGUCUUGCGAACGGUUGCGCGAGCUUUCGGGGACGUUUUUCAUGCGCCGGUCUGGUUAUGUUAGAGAGAUACUGUGGUCGAUCGUGCUGCUGACCGGACUGACAGAGCUAGCCGGUGGUAGUGGCGGAGUGUUUUACAUGUUCACGAGACGAAAAUUCGGCUGGGAUUUGAAGCAGUUCAGCUACUUUCAGUUUACCGAUGUGCUGAUCAUCAUUUUUGGCAAUGUAAUUGGAAUACCGAUCCUGAAGCAGGUACUCCACUGUUCGGACACCACCGUAGCGAUCGUAUCGAUCGCCAGCUACAUCGUGGACUCGCUGAUCAUGGGCUUCGCAAGCAGCGGAUGGAUGCUGUAUUUGGCUAUAUCGGUUACAGUUCUCAAGGGAACGGACGGUGCGGCACUAAUGACCAUCUGUUCUACGAUACUGCCCGCCGGUGAUAUGGCCAAGUUCUUUACCAUGGCGCUAUCGCUAACUGCCGUCGUGCCGCUAGUGUCUGCCCCAUUGUUUACGUUCGUGUACAAUGCCACUAUAGAGUCGUUACCGGAAGUGUUCAACUUUGUGGCGGCUAGUGUGUAUGGUGCAGCGCUGUUGUUGAUGUUCAUCAUAACGCAUCUCAUUAGACGGUUUUAUCAGCCAGAAUUGUUAUUAUAGAUGCAAACAAAAAAGUGUUUGGGACCAAUUAUAUAAAAAAAAAUCGUUUAAUUCUUUUUUCUUAUAUUUUUCAAAUGAAA